AGCGGAUCAUGACACAUUGUACAGUUUAUCUGUUGUUCUCUGUUAUUGUUAUGCACUGAAUAUAAUAUAAAAAUAUACAUAAAGUAUGCCAUUUAAGGAAAAAGGUUGGGAAGCACUGACAUAACAGACUGUAAUCUCAUAAAAUCAUACUAGCAGAUUGGGAUAGAAUAUGUUGAAUACAUACAUUCUCACAAGAGGGAAAGUACUCAGAUCCUUUAAAGUUCCAAUGUGUAACAUUUAGGAUGAUCUAUUGUCAGAAAUGGAAUAUAAUAUUCAUAGAUACUGUAUGUUUUCAUUAGUGUAAUCACCUGAAUAUAAGAAUCGCUUUUGUUUCUUUAGAAUGAGCUGUUUUUAUCUUCAAAAAAACCUUUACAAAGUCUGCCAUGUUGAAGACUGGUUUAACUUUCACGCUACGCUACCUGGAUUGGGAGCCCAGAGCACUGGGGCAGCGUUGGUGUUUAACGUUACAUCUCUGGUACAGGACCUUCGGACAACCGGAACCGCCUCAAUCUCCCUGUCCAUUAGCAGCAGUUAGCUUUUAGCUAAUAGAUAGAAGUAAAUGUCUAUCAGCAAACUCUGUAAACUAUGAGAGUUGUGGCAGAAAAGCGCAUGAUGUGAGAGGAAAAACAGAAGAUAUGUAACUAUUGUAACUAUAACGGCCUCAGCAAAAAAAAGGCAUUUUGAGAGUUUAUGAUCGCUCCAAAUCUGACAAUAAUUUCCUGCCCUCCAUCUACAGUUCAGUGCAAGAACACAGUGACGUGACGUUAUGUGCAACAAUGCUUUGUCCAGGUAUGUGACAGUGUAGUUAAGAUUAGCUAUUUUGUGUUCAUACCAACACCUCCGAUGCUGUUGAUUACCUGGUUGUUUACAUUCUCUGGUUUAGUUAAGAUAGUGAGAACUCUAUCCUUCAAUAUCUAGUGCAGUAUAAACAACCAUCUAAGAAUCUGGAACUGGUAACAUUGCUGAUUGCUUUCAAAUAAGACCAACCUGUUUACCUUUGCUUUUAAUUAAUUUUCUUUUAAAGCAAAUGUAUGUUCAUUAUUGUUUUUACUCUGUGUGCUUUUGCUUUCUUGUUUUGGUUGUUUUCAUACAUUUUUUUGCUUUUUUGUAUUCUGUAAAGCACUUGGGUUCACUUGGGUAUGAAAUGUGCUAUAUAAAUAUGUUUGCCUUAUCUUGCUUUGCCUUGAAAAUGAUGCUAUUUUAACAAGAACACAAACGACAGAUAUAAGUAUGUUACACACAAAUUCAAACAAAUUCAAUUUAAAAUAAUUUAUUUGUCCUUAAGGGGGAAUUUAAGGGAAGUAUGCAAACAGAAAAACUAUUAGUCUAUACACAAGGUAAACUGACCAUUUAUAAUAACGUCACAAGUCUUAAGGCUUCCUUCUAUUUGUUUUAGAUAUGUGCAGUCUAAAAUGCAGAUGGCAGCAGCUUUAAAUGUGUUGGGUCGUUGAUAAUCUUAAAUGCUUUUUUAAGGACUUUGAUUAUAAAGCCGUACCCAGGAUUUGGUCUAUUUUGUCCAUUCUGUCAUGUCCAAAAUGACUGACUGUUUUCCAAGGAUAACAGUAGCAGGAGUUUCCAAUUUGUCUCUUGUUCAUGGCAACUAUUUCCCAUAUGUUAGAGGACAAGAUGCCUGAUUUGUUUUACUCUUUUUUUAGCAUUCUGUUAUUUAUGACAGAUGAAGUUCCUCUGCAGGUUCACGUAGGGCUGAUGAUGACCAAACCAAAACCUAUCAAUUUUUGUCAAUUUGAAAUAAAUCAUUGAAUAGCAGCAUUUGACUUCUGUUUUUUUAUCUGCUAAUUUGUAAAGCACUUUGAAUUGCUUAUGUGUAUGACUGAAUAAACCUGCCUUGCCUAAUAGAGGGAAUUGAUGAUUGCGCAACAGUCUGUAGCAUGCUUAAAGGAAAUGAAGAGCAUAGCAGUUCAAAUGCAUAUAUUCUAUUAUUUUUAUGAUAAUAAGGGGCAAAUAAAUAAUCAGUAUCUCUUGAUUGGUUGAUUCUUUCAGUCUUUUAUUGACCUUUAAAGGUUCCUAGAGAAACAGUAUUCAUAAUUCUAUCGAACAAUUGUGAAUUGUGAAUUAAAAAUGUUCUUUGACACUUUACUUCCUUGUGCCAGCACCUGUCAGAGUGGGAAAUGCCUGGAGGAUGGCAUCUGAUGCAUUAAAAACAUUCUUUCAAGUUCCUGUUUUAAAACAGGUUUCCUGCCUGCCCUGUAUCUAGCACCUCCCAAAUUGCAUGUCAGAGAUUAAGAACGUUCCUGCACAUCCCUUGAGUGCUUUGUUACCCUUUCAAGAUGCAGAAGCGUCUGCUCUGCAGCCUCCUCUCGGCUCUGAUCAUGUUGAUUGGAGUCCCUGCUAGUGUGGAUGGAUGUGACUACACAAUUUGUGGGGCCCACGCUCCUGGGGACAUUGUGAUUGGUAUACUGUUGCCGUGUCAUCAGAAAGUGAAGAAUCUUCAUGAACGGAUCAGACCUGAGAGCUUCCACUGCUCAGAUUUCGAUCUACAAUCAUUUAUGAUAUCCCUGGCUGCAAUCCACGAAAUUGAGGAGAUAAAUGCAGCUGGCUUCCUCCCAGGAGUGCGCCUUGGGUAUUUGAUGUGUGACACAUGCUCGUAUGCAAGCAAAGCGUUGCAGAAUGUGGAGCACAUGCUCGCAGUCAACAACUCUCUAAAUGUGAAGUGGGACUACAGCGACUUCAGGCCGAUAGUCAAGAUUUUCUUAGGAUCACUGUACUCUGAGGUGUCCAUUGCUGUGGCCAGACUGCUGACUGUGUACAUGGUCCCUCUAGUAAGUCAUAAAUACUGUACAUGUUACUGCCAAGUACUUGUUGUUAACUAAGUGUACCAAGAUUCAAAGAUGUACUCCUUCAUUUUUCAAAACAUAGUCUGCUGGGUGAAAAUUAUGGGAUUUUAGAUUACCUUUCUAGGGGUGUACCUUCACAGUAGUGAUUCUCAAAUUUAAAGGUCUAGUGUGUAGG